CACGCCGCAGGCCCGCGCCGCCUCGGUGCCGGUCCGGGUCAUGGUGACCGCCUCGCAGAGCUCGCCGCCCUCCUGGCAGGGCAAUAAGCCGCACGUGGAGGAGGUCGGGGAGUGGGUGGCGGUGGGCACGGCCCUGGCGCGCGUCACGGCGUCCUCACCGUCGGCCCUCCACUACUCGCUGACGGGCGGGAAUGAACACAGCGCCUUCGUCAUCAGCCCCGCCUCGGGGGUGGUCAGCGUGGCCACGCCCCUGGACUACGAAACCACCUCCUGGUACAACCUGACCAUCACGGCCACCAACCUGGCCGGGGUGUCCCGCAGCACGUGGCUGGGCGUGACGGUCCUCGACGAGAACGACUGGUGGCCGGAGUGGGAGCGACUUUCAUACCACGGCAGCGUCCUGCAGACCGCCGGCCGCGGCGCCCCCGUGCUGGCCGCCCACGCCCACGCCCAGGCCAGCCCCAGCCAGCUCACGGUGACCGCCCGGGACCGUGACCAAGGCUACAACGGCAGAGUGACCUACACCAUCGUGGAGAAGGACAUCACAAAGUUGUUUUCAAUCAACCGACACACAGGAGCUGUGUGGGUGUCUGGCAGCCUGGACACAGUGGCCGGCACCACGGUGAGGCUGAGUGUGUGGGCCACGGACGGGGGCAGCCCCCGGCGGGAGUGUGUGGCGCCCGCCCCAGUCUUCAUCACGGUGAGGGAGGUGAAGGCUGCCCCAAUGGCCUUCCCCAAGACCCACUACUCAGCCGUCCUCUACCUGCCAACCUACCCUGGUGUGAGGGUGUUCUGCCUGGGCCGGGAGGAGCAGCCACGCCACCACGUGGAUGUGAAUGAUAUCACCGAUAUUUCAUAUUCCAUCGCUGCCGGUGACGACAGAGAAAACUUUGUGUUUGACAACGUGAACAAGUGUGUCAAGGUCCAGGACCAGUACAGCCUCAAGCCUCAGUACAACCUCACCCUCCAGGCCAGCGACGGGGCCGCCUCGUCCACGGCAACAGCAGAGAUUAUAAUUGAUGAAGCGCCGCUGUCUACUCUGGUCUUCACUCAGGACCAGUACUGGGCCAACGUCAUUGAGAACUCCACUAAGGAGAUGAAUGUUGCUGCCCUGGGAGUGAAGGGUCAGCCGCUCAACCAUCACGUCCGCUACUCAAUUCUCAACUCAAACAUUAAAUUUGAAAUCCACCCGACCGCUGGCGUCAUCAAGACCACCGGCAAGUCCUUUGACCGGGAGGCAGAGGACCACUACACGCUGGUGGUGGAGGCGCAGGACAUUGAGGGCACAGCAAACGUGGCCCAUGUGCUGGUCCACGUGGCGGUGAUGGACGUGAAUGACAACGAGCCGGUGUUCCUCAACCAGCCCUUCCACGCCCUGGUGUCCACCGUGUCUCCGCGCAGCCACGUGGUCACUAAGGUGAGCAUAAGAGCCCAAGCAGAUCUUUUUUGUCAGACACAUGCCGGGCAUAACUUGUGCUCUCCAUAAAGUAGUAGGUUCCUCCAUGAUCAAGCAGUGAACCUUUGC